CCUUGCUCCCUUAUCUUCGGAAAUGCCGCUCACCAUCGCCAGUGUCUCAAGUGUGCUCAAUCCAAUGGCAACGUUUAUACUCUCUUGUUUCGCUCCCAAAACCCUAGCCUGUACUUUUUCGCAGCUUAAGCCAUCCUUUACUCCGCUCCUUACUUCCACAUCGCAAUCAUGGGCUCUACCACCGGGGCAUUCUGUCAGGGCCAGGACGCAACCACGGCCGUUGAUGACACGAGCAGCCGCCGAUUCAGAUUUUUCGGCCAAAAGGAGCAGCAGUAGUGACACUAGAGAGACAAUAAUGUUGCCCGGAUGCGAUUAUAAUCAUUGGUUGAUUGUGAUGGAAUUUCCCAAGGAUCCUGCUCCUACUAGGGAGCAGAUGAUUGAUACUUACCUCAACACCCUAGCCACCGUCUUGGGCAGCAUGGAAGAGGCAAAGAAGAAUAUGUAUGCAUUUAGUACCACCACAUACACCGGAUUCCAAUGCACUGUUGAUGAAGCAACCUCUGAGAAAUUUAAGGGUCUGCCAGGAGUCCUUUGGGUAUUGCCGGACUCAUAUAUAGAUGUGAAAAACAAGGAUUAUGGAGGGGACAAGUAUAUCAAUGGAGAGAUAAUUCCAUGCACUUAUCCUACUUAUCAACCAAAGCAGAGAAAUAAUUCAAAGUAUGAGAGUAGAAGAUAUGAAAGACGGAGAGAUGGUCCACCUCCAGAACGGAGGAGGCCAAGACAAGGGGCAAAUACCUCAGAGCCGUCAGGAUGAGUUAGUGGAAACUGUGGAAUGUUCCUAUGUUUGGUUUCAAAUGGAUGGCCUUUUUGUGAGUUUUUAUUGAUCAUCACAGCCAUUUAUUGGUGGAUAGUUAUGCGGGGAUUUAACUUGAUAGACAUUAAUAUCUCAUUUGAGUGAAUCUGGUUAGUGCAUAGUUCAUAUAUGAUAUACCUAUGUAAAGGUCAGAUAAGAGCUAUCAUCUUUGAGGAACAUGAAUUGUGAAUGUAUCAAUUUUCUAUGUAGAUGGACCUAUGACUUGAGACGUGCAGCAACUGCUGCUGACUCUGCAUUUUGUUCCAACUAGACCUUUUGAUACGUGAUCCUAGUAAUCUUUUCCUUUC